AUGGCAUUAUCAGCAACUAUUAAUGAUAUAUCUGACAGCGACUUUCAGAAUAUUGGACCAGCUCCUCAACCUCCUCAUGGACGUUCUACUAGUAACAAUAUUGGCUAUAACCAAACCAAACCAAUUACAAAAAUGAUGAGUCAAUUUGAUUUAAACAAUGGAUCACCGGUACGAGCAGGCUCUCCCUUACCAUUGAAAUCACAAAGAAAGACAGGAUGGGUUUCAUAUAAAGAUGACGGUAUACUAUCAUUCCUUUGGCAAAAACGUUAUCUGAUACUAAACGAUUCAUAUCUUUCACUGUAUAAGAACGAUAAGUCAACCGAUGAACCUAUUUUGCAGAUUAGUUUAACGAAUAUUGUAGCAGUUAGUAGGAACCAAAUCAAGCAAAACUGUUUCGAAAUAGUACGCUCCAGUGAUAGAAAUUCAUACUCCUCAUCUUCGUCGAACGUAUCGAGUUCAUCAGAUUCAAAAAAAUCAAUAUAUAUCGCAACGAAGACAGAAGUCGAACUUCAUAGUUGGUUGGACGCAAUAUUUGCGAAAUGCCCGUUACUUAGUGGGGUUUCUUCACCGACCAACUUCACUCACAAAGUUCAUGUUGGUUUCGAUCCAGAAACUGGUAGCUUUGUCGGUAUGCCUACUAAUUGGGAGAAGUUGCUGAAACAUUCUAGAAUAACUGGUGAGGAUUGGAAUAAUAAUUCUGCGGCAGUUAUACAGGUCUUACAAUUCUAUCAAGAUUAUAAUGGAAUUAAUAACAAUAACCUUAACAAUAACCCAAACAAUGAAAACGCAAACAAAUUAUUGAAUAAUAUCAAGAAUCCUAGCAAUAUAUCCCAAUCAUCUUUGGGGCAUAAAAAUGAGUUUGCUCAGUUUAAUGGUUCGAGGAACGCUUCCCAGAGUAAUACCACAGCGAUGACGACAAACUUACAGCCGCAACGACAUGCACCAACUCCACCUAAAGCUAAAGUACCAAUGAAUCCAAAUAAACCUCAAUUAUCACCCCUAAACACCACUGGUUCUCGCUUACACAAUGUUCAAAACCAGUAUCGUCAACAGCAACAACAGCAAAGGCAGCAACAUUCACCAACAACUGCGAUUCCUCCACGUAAUACUGCACGUAAUGUACCUAACCAAGGAACAUCGUAUCAACAAAAGGCAGGAUCUCCUGUUAACGGGUACAAGCCUCUGCAUAAUAUGAGCAACCCAUAUACAAAGUCGUCGCCGACAUAUUUGCAAGAACAGUCAAUUGGGGGUAAGAUUUCGACACCACCAAGACUCCAUCCACAACGUACAGCCCCAACUCCUCCAACUCAUGCGAACAAUAAUACAAGCGUCUCAGCCGCAACAUACGCUAUGAAGCAAGGUCAAGAACAAAGAUCUUCGCCGCAAGGUCAUGCGGUAGGUCAUAAGCAACCACUUCCACAGGCAUUGAGACAAGCCCCAAGAAAGCCAGAAACUUCCAAUGGUGCGCCAAAGAAGAACGCCGGUGUUACUAAGCCUAGGAAACAAUCGAAACCAUCGAUGUCCAAUGCUGAAAUAAUGAGUAAAUUAAAGAGUGUCACAAUCAAUACUGAUCCAACAGAAUAUUUCCAAAUGAUAGAAAAAGCGGGACAAGGUGCCAGUGGAUCAGUUUACCUUGCCAAACGUAUUAAUAUACCCCCAGCAGAAUUUGAAGAAUCCGAAAUUCCAGGAAUCGGUGAUAAAGUAGCCAUUAAACAAAUGAUCCUAUCUAAACAACCCCGUAAGGAAUUGAUAGUCAAUGAAAUUUUAGUAAUGAAAGAUUCACAUCAUAAGAAUAUCGUUAACUUUUUAGAAGCAUACUUAAAGACUGAAGAUGACUUGUGGGUGGUUAUGGAAUUCAUGGAGGGUGGGUCUCUAACAGAUAUAAUCGAGAAUAGUCCUGUAGAUGAUACUUCCCACUCUCCAUUGACUGAAAGUCAAAUUGCAUAUAUAGUCCGUGAAACUUGCCAAGGUUUAAAAUUCUUGCAUGAUAAGCAUAUUAUCCAUAGAGAUAUUAAAUCGGACAAUGUAUUGUUAGACAUGAACGGACGUGUCAAAAUUACAGAUUUUGGAUUCUGCGCCAAAUUAACUGAUCAACGAAGCAAACGUGCCACUAUGGUAGGUACACCUUAUUGGAUGGCGCCAGAAGUUGUCAAACAACGUGAAUAUGAUGAAAAAGUUGAUGUAUGGUCAUUGGGUAUUAUGACGAUUGAAAUGUUGGAAAGUGAACCACCUUAUUUGAAUGAGGAUCCAUUGAAAGCGUUAUAUCUCAUUGCUACCAAUGGUACACCUAAAUUAAAGCAUCCGGAAAAGUUGUCAUUAGAAAUAAAAAGAUUCUUGAGUGUUUGCUUAUGCGUUGAUGUACGGUACAGAGCUUCGACAGAGGAAUUGUUACAUCAUGGUUUCUUUGAAGUAGCGUGUGAACCAAGAGAUUUGAUGCCCUUACUAGAAUGGAAGAACUAA